CCUGCCACUCCAGCUGAUGGAGUUCUCCGAGCACAUCAAGACAGCCAAUGUGGAGGAUGUUGUGCUGCGACAGCCGCUCCACCCGCCGAGCAGAGGCACYCUGUGCAUCACCGGACACCACCUGCUCUUCUCGGACAGGGAGGAGGACUCCUCCCGGCAACUCCUGCUGCUCCUUAGGAACAUUGAUGCCAUUGAAAAGAGUGUGGAAAACCUUUCGGGCUAUCCUGGGUUCCUGUCUAAAGCAGGCCACAGUGAAAGGAUGACCGGAUCCUCAGGAACGAUUACCAUCAAGUGCAAAGAUCUGCGUGUGCUUCAGCUGGACAUCCCGGGCAUGGAGCAGUGUCUCAACAUCGCACACUCUAUUGAG